CACAAGAACCGAAGCGCCGCCGCCAGCGUCCCCAUUAACCGUUGCCGUCGUCGUCGAGGUGGUACCCACCACCGGCGUAUCGAUUUUCCUUAGGCAGAUCGACGAUCUCCUCUUUCUCCAUCGGCAGAUCGACCCGUACGUCCAGAUUCUGCUCCAUGGAGGAGGCGGAGAAGGGGGACAUCCUCGAGCGGAACACCAAGCCGAGGCUGGACGACCAUCCGGGGCCGACGGCGGCCAGCCUCUUCACCGAUGAUCUCAUCCUGGAGAUCCUCUCCCGCCUCCCGGCCAGCUCUGUGCACCGCUUCAAGUGCGUUUCCGUGCCCUGGCGCGACCUCAUCGCCGACCCCGCCAACCGCAUGAAGCUGCCCCAGACCCUCGCUGGCUUCCUCUACAUAACCGUCCACAAGAGCGGGCAUGGCCACCACUUCGCGACGGCGCAGCAGCCCCGUUCGACCUCUCCCUCCCUUACCUGCACCAUAGCAAGGACGAGGGCAUGAUCCACGUGAAUGUCUGCAAUGGCCUCCUUCUCCACCGCAGCUACAAGAAAAGCAAGGUCGCCCAUUCGAAAGAGGAUGAUUUCUGUUUUGUCAUUUGGUUACCGAAUGAGGUAAUUUUACCGAGGGGGACUGAUAAAUGUGGUUACCACGGUUACCGAGAAAUACCGACAAAUACCGAGAAUAUUUCGAGCGAAUUUUGUAGUUAAAUUUUGAAUUCAAAUAAGAAAAUGAACGAAUAUUCAAACCAGAGACCUCUUAAAACAGGAACUAGGUUGCUACCAACAUGCCAUAACCAACUUUCAUUGCAUUAAUUAGACCCUACAUACCUUACUGUAAAUCGAGUGUUUAAAUUCAAAAAAAUUUAAAAAAUGGUAUUUUUUGCUCGGUAUGACGAUUUACCGAGGGGCACGGAAAUACGUGGUAACCAUGGGAAAUCUUGAAAUUUCGACUGGUAACCAAAACCUUGAUUCAGAGUCACUAGCAGAUGCAGAUGGACAGUAGUUUUUUUACCUUAAA